AUGAUUAAUUGGGCAGCAAAUGAUAUGUGUCAAAAUAAUCAUAAGCUACAAUGGGUGAAGAAGCAUAUCUAGAAAUGUGCUCAAUGCGGUCCAGUUGACACAAUGUGCAGGUAUGGAUGUGUCUAAUGCAAUCUCUAUUAUUGUGUAAAAUGCAGAUAGCCUCCUGUAAUGGGAGAUAUAUGUGGGGGCGGACAUGAGUAUAUUUUAUCAAUAAUAGAUUGA